UCAGAGGAGGUCAGUGUGUGUUUGUUGUGAAAAGUGCUCUCUAGUAGACUACUCUGGAGGGAUAUUUCUAUAAACCAUCUCCAUUGAAUACCGACACAAAGUUUAACAUGAAUUAUAAUCAAUUUACUGUAAAAUGUUGCCAUUAACAAGUAAAAGUCUUCUGCCGUCAUCUAUUACGAGGGUUAUCCAUGUGGGCGCUGUUAAUUUGAGCUGCGAAUCGGGCAGAUUGGCCACCAGAAAAUUCCUAUGUGUCAUCUCGACUGGCAGUCACCACACACCUAGUGUGGUGUCGUUUCACGGGCGAGCUUCCCCGUUGAAUCACGGUAGUUACUGCGACCCGGGGAAAACCAUAACAGCUGGAUUCGGAUGUUCGAGUACAUCCUCUGCUGGUUUGAAGCGAUUGGCGUUGGUGGGCUGCAUACACAUUCAGCAGGCAAAGUUGCUGAGCACCUCUCCACCACAGGGCGACGACAAAGGUGUACACAAACAGGAAGGUGAUGUAGGAGAAAUAGCACCAGCACCACAUUUUCGGCGUACGGGGAUUGAGAAGAAGGCAGAAGAAGAAGCCAAGAGCAAAGAGCUAGAGAAGGAUGAAGAUGGACAGUAUCUUCUGCCGCAUCCAAUUUGGUCAGAGAGGGAAGUUCAAGGUGUGGAGGUAACACACAAGAAACCUGAGGGUUUUGUUGACUGGUUUGCCUACUCCUGUGUGCAGACGAUGAGGUUCAGUUUUGAUCUGAUUUCUGGAUACAAAAGAGGGGUCCGAUCAGAGUCGAAAUGGCUAAUUCGCAUCAUUUUCCUGGAGACAGUCGCUGGAGUUCCAGGGAUGGUAGCAGCCAUGACGAGGCAUCUAAGAUCACUCAGAAAACUGCAGCGAGACCAUGGAUGGAUACAUACGCUACUUGAGGAAGCAGAGAAUGAGAGGAUGCAUUUAAUGACCGCUCUGGAGCUUAGGAAGCCCGGUAAACUAUUUAUGUUUGGCGUCUUAUUGACCCAGGGGAUCUCUGUCAACCUGUUCUUCUUUGCAUACCUGUGUAGUCCGCGUUUCUGCCACCGUUUUGUUGGCUACUUGGAAGAGGAGGCCGUCAUCACUUACACAAAACUCAUAAAGGACCUUGAUGAUGGGAAGCUCAAAGUUUGGGGUAACAUGGCCGCUCCUGAUCUAGCAGUCAGAUACUGGAAACUCAAGUUACAGACGCUUUUCAAAGACCAACUCGACCGAUCCAAGCCUGAUGCCCUAAUGAGGGAUAUGAUGUUGGCCAUCAGAGCGGACGAAGCACACCAUAGGGAGGUGAAUCACUCACUGAGCGAUCUCAAAUCAGAUGAUAGUAAUCCCUUCCCACCAGGACAAUAGCAUGGAUCAGAUUAAAGACAAUAGCAUGGAUCAUAUUAAAGACAAUAGCAUGGAUCAGAUUAAAGACAAUAGCAUGGAUCAUAUUAAAGACAAUAGCAUGGAUCAUAUUAAAGACAAUAGCAUGGAUCAUAUUAAAGACAAUAGCAUGGAUCAGAUUAAAGACAAUAGCAUGGAUCAUAUUAAAGACUAAAGACAAUAAAAUUAUCAAAUUAAAGGCACUGGACACAUUUGGUAAUUGUCAAAGACCAGUCUUCUCACUUGGUGUAU